AUGGCAUCUCAGAGUCCCCCUCCAGGAGAUCCCAAUUUCUCCUUUGCAAAGAUCGCUGCCAUGUCCGCAAUUCCCAACCCCCAUUCGUCCUCAGCAUCAGUUGAGAGCAACAGCUCUCAGCUUGCGACGACCUCUCAUGUCUCCGAAUCCUUCAACACUGGCGCCCCACUACCUCCACAUUCCUUGAACACAAUCAAACAGAAGAUUGCCUCGAGCGAUCCUGCAGUUGAUCACGUAGGCAGAGCAGUGCAGGACAUUGACAUCACCUUACAGACAGACCGGGAAGGGUCUGGAUCUUCAAUUGACGACCAGGAGAAUAUUCUUCUCAAGAGAGAAAACUCCUUUGAAGAUGAUCGAACUCAUAUUUCUAAUUCUUCCACUAAAAUGACCAACUUUGACUCUAAGAGCUUGGCCUCUGUGACCACAUUCGCCAUGGACGAAAAAGACUCGGUGCGACCCGAUGACAGUGCGAGUGUGCAAGCUAUCGAUGAAGAGGAGUCUCUUUCGGGUGCCACAUCUGGUGCACCAAACUCAGUCAGUGGCUCUGAAGCUGGAGGACGUCUUUUCCGCGAUCAAUUCCGCGAUGGAAACCCUCUAAGAUCUCGUGGAGUUCUCCCUGUACCCGGCCCUCUUUUCAACGAUGGCGAUUCGCGUGGCACGAUCACUAUCCCCCCAGACUCUGUCGCAAACAACUUCAUUAUCGCGGCCAAUCCUGACGGUCUGUCGGAUGGCUCAAGCAUACAUGGGUUCCCUCUCGAACCUGACGAGAAACUUUUGGAGGCAAUGAAAUCUCCAAAAGACCGUCUGACGGUUCUUCAGCUAGAGGAAAGGAUUCGUUACUUCAUCAAAGAGUCCACUGAACAAUCUUUGGAGCUGCCUCCUUCUAAUGGAUUCCAACGACUCCUCGCUCAUAAACUCGGAGAUUAUUACCACCUGACCCAUUUUGUGGAUAACAACGUGACCUCUGUCAGGCUGCAUCGAACACCUUUCUGCAGACUCCCCGAACCUAUCUCCGCAGUACAUGCUGCCACUAGCACUACCCCGCCCCCAAGUGUCCCGGCCAUGAAAAUUAUGCGUCGAAAUGACGAUCGACGAUCUGCCGAAGGAAGUAUCGCAGCGAGCUCGUCUGUUCAGUCCAAGGCUACUUCCGAGGCCGGUGAUAGCGGCGCAGAGGGUGAUCGCGCAGGCUCAUCGGCCGAUACCAAGGAUCGAAUGACAUUGACCCGCGAAGAGCGCGAGGCCAAAUAUCAGGAGGUUCGAGAGAGGAUCUUCCGUGACUUCCCCGAUAGCGUCAAGUCAGAUACGACCAGUGGCGAGUCCAAUCCUGACAUGUCACGAUCCAGCUCUACGAGUGGCCGCAGGAAAAACAACAGGCAGCGAACUCCCCAUGAUGAUAGCUUUGAAGCCCGAUCUCAGUUCAACGCCUACUAUCCAGGCAUGCAGUACAACAAUGGUCAGAGUCAAGCUCCAUACAAUGUCGGUGGCAACGACGGUUCCUACGCUACGCAACAGGUUCCUUACCUGGUUGGACCUGGUGUACCGCCACCCGCCACGGGCUACAUGCCUGCCGGUCAGAACAGUACCGUGCACCCCGGACAGAUGGGUGGCGUGAACAAUCCACCCCAGUAUCCAAUGGCUAUGUCGCCGCAGAUGGCCUCUAAUGGCUCGUGGCAAGGAGGAAGCAUGCCGCAGCAGUCGCCAUUCGCUGGAUACGCAUCGAUGAGCCAGUCCGGCAUGAUCAAUCAAGGCAUGAUGAACCAACCGUUGCCAAGCACUUCCUCGCCGGCUAUGAACACCUUCCCCAUGCCUCAGUCUGCCCAGUACCAGCCGAAUCCGCAGUGGGGCUCCCCGCCCUACUCUGGAAAUUACCAGCAAUCACCUCAACGAAACCAAGCUCCGGUUCAUUGGCCCAACUACCCCUCCCAGUCGAUGACCUCCAACCUGGCGGCCUAUCCAUACGCGCAGUACCCUGGACAGCAUCUUAACCCCACACUUCAGAAUACCGGGUCUUCUGUGAUGCCAGGCAACUACAAUGCUAGGUCUCACUUCAACCCUCAAACCCGCUCUUUCAUCCCCGGCGGUGCACCCUCGACACGCAACCCGAGCCGAGGUGCCCAGCAUCCGAUGCAGCCGUUCAAUGGCAUGCCUCAGGCUUCAUGGAUGGCAUACCCAGAGCCUAACCCCCAGAAUCGGGGCAUGGAGCAUCCUUCCGCAGCAAGCACAGCCCGCGUGCCAAAUCUCCCUAAUCUGCCCAAUCCAGGCCGGGACUCUAUCGCCAAAUGGGGCACCCCGUCUCAUCUUCCUCCCAAGCCACCGCCGUCCGAGGUGAAGUCCGGCUUCGAUAUGAAGCACCGGAUGGGACCUCCUCCGGUUCCCGCGCCCUCCUACCCUGGAAAUGGGAUUCCAGUUGCUCAAAAUGGCCCGCUGGUCAUUACUGGAGGUGCAACCGUUUCAAAAACGAACUAA